UCGUGCUUGUUUGUGGCGUUUUCGUGGCUUCACGCAAACCCAUCAUGUUUCAGCGGCUCAACCCAUACAUAUUCGCAGGUUUAGCAGGCGUCGUUUCAGGCGUUUACAUAUUCAAACCUCUUUUCGAAGAAGCCUCUGCGAACCGAAAACCAGUUUCUCCGACAAACGCGUCAACAACAUCACCCGAGGCGCUAGGGAAAUCCCCUGCAUCUUCGCCGUCGCCGCAUUCUUCGGUAAAGUGACAUUACACUGCGCUAGCACAAUAUGGAGUAACGUGCAACAGGAUGUGCCAUUUCAUGGUCACCGCGGAGAAUGGCGGCCGCACGAUCACCUUGUGGUUUAAUGUGUAGCAGAGUGAUAUGGACAUGGUGUGCCCGGAAAGGGGCGUAAACAGCCCAAAACAUUUUCAUCUGUUGUCUUUGACGAUUAGUAACGCGUGAGCUUCGCUGAGCUCUAUUGACAUGCGCUGGUGUGU